CGGCCUCCAAGCGAAGAAUGCCGAGGGCCGAAUGGCGAGUCGCCGCGGGAUUACUCAAUCCAUUAACUUUCCACACAGCUGCCAGCCAUCCUUCUCGUAUCUCAUUCACUCUCUUCUAUCCUCUCUUGCCUCCUGCUGUGCAUAUAUAUAACGACUAACCUCUUAACUCGUCUGGCCACAGUUGCAAUCAUCCCCCAUAAACAUCCCCGUUUACCCCAACUUUCCCCGCACAGUUGUCGCCAUGCCCGUCUCUUCACAUUAUCCUCCGGUGGACAUUCCCAAUGUCGACCUCUGGACGUUUCUAUUUGAGCGCGAGGGAAGGCAAUUCCCUGACGACAAGAUCAUCUACCAGGAUGCCGAAACGCAACGAUACUAUACCUAUCAGAGUCUAAAGGACACCGCGCUUUCCUUCGGCAAAGGAUUGAAGGCCAUCUGGGACUGGCGCAAAGGAGAUGUGCUGGCCCUGUUCACCCCCAACAGCAUCGACACCCCCGUCGUCAUGUGGGGAACCCACUGGGCCGGGGGUGUCAUCUCUCCCGCCAAUCCCGCCUACACCGUCGAAGAGCUGGCUUUCCAGCUGCAGAACUCCGGCGCGAAGGCGCUGGCAACCCAGGUCCCGCAACUCCCCGUCGCCACCGCAGCCGCGAAGCGCGCCGGGAUCCCCGAGGACCGCAUCUUCCUGAUUGGCGACGAGCGUGAUCCCCAGGCGAAGAUCAAGCACUUCACGUCCAUCCGGAAUAUCUCGGGCGCAACCAGGUUCCGCAAGAUGAAGAUCGUCCCCGAAAAGGACCUCUCGUUUCUCGUGUACUCAUCGGGCACCACGGGAGUCCCGAAGGGCGUGAUGCUAUCGCACAGGAACAUCAUCGCCAACACCUUGCAGCUGGCGGCCGGGGAGGCCGGCAAUCUGACCUGGAACGGGGGCGCGGAUGGAAAAGGAGAUCGGGUGCUGGCAUUCCUUCCCUUUUUCCACAUUUAUGGCUUGACCUGUCUGGUCCAUCAGACCCUAUACCAAGGCUACCAACUCGUCGUGAUGCAGAAAUUCGACAUCGAGAAGUGGUGCGCCCACGUCCAGAACUACCGAAUCACAUUCAGCUACGUCGUGCCGCCGGUGGUCCUUCUGCUCGGCAAACACCCCGUCGUCGACAAAUAUGACCUGUCGAGUCUGCGCAUGAUGAACUCCGGCGCCGCCCCACUGACGCAAGAACUCGUGGAGACGGUGUACGCACGCAUCAAGACGGGCAUCAAGCAGGGCUACGGACUCAGCGAGACCAGCCCCACCACGCACACGCAGCCCUGGGAGGAAUGGCGAACCAGCAUCGGCGCAGUCGGCAAAUUGCUCCCCAACAUGGAAGCCAAGUACAUGACCAUGCCCGAGGACGGGUCGGAGCCGCGCGAAGUUCCCGUUGGCGAGGUGGGCGAGCUGUAUCUCAGGGGUCCCAAUGUCUUCCAGGGAUACCACAACAACCCGUCGGCCACGGCGGGCUGUCUUUCGCCCGACGGGUGGUUCCAGACCGGAGACGUGGGCUACCAAGAUAAGGACAAGAAUUUCUACAUCACGGAUCGCGUGAAGGAGCUCAUCAAGUACAAGGGUUUCCAGGUGGCUCCCGCGGAGCUGGAGGGACUCCUGGUGGACAACGAGGCCAUUGACGAUGUCGCGGUGAUCGGCGUGGAGAGUGAAGCGCACGGCACCGAGGUGCCGCUGGCUUUUAUCGUGCGCAGCGCGAAGAGCAAGGCGUCGGGUGUUAGUGCCGAGCAGGAGGCCGCGAAGAUAGUCAAAUGGCUGGAUGAUCAAGUUGCGUAUCAUAAGCGGCUGCGCGGAGGAGUGCGAUUUGUCGACGAGAUCCCCAAGAGUGUCAGCGGGAAGAUCCUGCGCCGCGUGCUGAAGAAGCAGGCCAAGGAAGAGGCCUCCGCGCCUAAGGCGAAACUGUAACGUCUCGUAUAGCCUAUCAUUAAUGAAUCAUGUCAAUAGAGCAAAGAAACGGGCACUUCUCGAC